UGAAGAUUGGCUUUAGAGGCAGUUUUUCUAGAUCUGCACAUCAUGGAAACGAUCCACCAAAUCAUAAUUUCUAAUUAUAACAUGUGGAUUUUAUCGAUCUGUUCUAUAUAUAUCUUAACUUGUGAUUUCUGCAUAUUUGGGAAGAACACUAGCUAGCGUUGUGUUCUAAUUCUUACCUAUACACACAAAAGAAAGGAGCAGACAUAAAGAAUGAGUCCUAAGUUCAUUCUGAUAGCUUCGCUUCUAAUUUUAUGCAUCGCAUCUUCCAAUCCGAUCAUCAUAACAAUUUCCAAAAACCGGAAAAUGACAAAUGAAGAAGGAGGUAGAAAGAUUCACGUUCACAAAGGAAAGAAGAUCGCCGUAAAAGUCAGCCGUUCACCUCCUGCAAAAGGCUGGAUUUGUUGCAAUGAUUAAAAAAAUUAAGUACUUGUGAACAUACAAGACGAGUAUUUUGCUAUGUCUCGAUGCCUCGAUCAUUAAUUAUGAGACUUUCGGCCCAUUACUCGCAUGCUUAAUAGAAUGCAUGGAAAGAUUCAAUUAUGCUAUUUUGUAUGUUUUGGGGCUAAAAUGUAAAGUUUUGAAACUUGUAAAGGCAUGUUUUCC